CUGGGAGGGGCGCCCGGAGCCAGCCGCGCAGCAUGCACUGGGGGGUUGGCUUUGCCUCGUCCAGGCCGUGCGUGGUGGACCUGAGCUGGAACCAGAGCGUCUCCUUGGGCUGGUGGGCCGCGUCCGAGGAGCCCUUCUCCUUUUAUGGGGACAUCAUCGCUUUCCCUUUGCAGGAUUACGGUGGAAUCAUGGCAGGGCUGGGCUCCGAUCCCUGGUGGAAGAAAACCCUUUACUUGACCGGGGGAGCUUUGCUGGCCGCAGCUGCGUAUCUGUUCCACGAACUUCUGGUCAUUAGGAAACAGCAAGAGCUUGACUCCAAAGAUGCUAUUAUUUUACAUCAGUUUGCAAGACCUAACAAUGGUGUACCCAGUUUCUCUCCUUUUUGUUUGAAAAUGGAAACUUAUUUACGGAUGGCUGACUUACCAUAUCAGAACUAUUUUGGUGGAAAGCUGUCUGCUCAAGGGAAAAUGCCUUGGAUUGAAUAUAAUAAUGAGACAGUGUCUGGCACAGAGUUCAUAAUUGACUUUUUGGAAGAGAAACUGGGAGUGAACCUGAACAAGAACCUUGGCCCUCAUGAGAGAGCUGUGUCGCGAGCCGUGACCAAGAUGGUGGAGGAGCACUUCUACUGGACAUUAGCUUAUUGCCAGUGGGUGGACAAUCUCAAUGAGACCCGGAAGAUGCUGUCUCUUAGUGGUGGUGGUCCCUUCAGUAACCUGCUGAGGUGGGUCGUGUGCCACAUAACCAAAGGAAUUGUGAAGCGCGAGAUGCAUGGCCACGGCAUUGGCCGCUUCUCAGAGGACGAGAUUUACAUGCUGAUGGAGAAGGACAUGCGGUCUUUAGCAGGGCUCUUGGGUGACAAGAAGUACAUCAUGGGACCCAAGCUUUCCACUCUUGAUGCCACCAUCUUUGGACACUUGGCACAAGCAAUGUGGACUUUACCAGGGACAAGACCUGAGCGACUAAUCAAAGGUGAACUGAUUAACCUUGCCAUGUACUGUGAGAGGAUCAGGAGGAAAUUCUGGCCCGAGUGGCACCAUGAUGAUGACAAUACCAUCUAUGAGUCUGAAGAGAGCAGUGAAUGCAGCAAGACCCACACACCCCUGCUGGAUUUCAGCUUUUACUCAAGGACAGAGACCUUUGAAGACGAGGGAGCCGAGAACAGUUUUUCCAGAACCCCAGACACAGAUUUCACUGGACACUCGCUCUUCGAUUCUGAUGUGGACAUGGAUGAAUACACGGACCAUGAACAGUGCAAGUGACAAUGGCCUCGCUGACCCUCUUCCUUGGGAGCUGCCAUUCCCUGGGGUCAGUUCAGUUUCCCAGGUAGAAAUCUAUCUGAGAUGGGAGGAAAUCUUUGAGCUUGGCCCAGUUUUCUUAUGCUAACUGGACUAUAAACUGCCUUAUUUCUUUUUUGUACAAAUAAAACAGAACCAUUCAGAUGGCUACAUUUAAAACAGGCAAAAAAAAAUGUCAGCAUGGUUUCUGAAAUCCAUUUUUGUUUUCAUUGGAAAACUUAUACUGUGUGGUAGGGCAGGUAAACGAGUGAGUUGUGAACUGCCAGCGUUUACGAUUCUCUUUAGCUGAGGACUUAGCUGUGAGGUGAACAUCCUUCUUCAACCAGGGAUUGACGUUCUGAGAGGUAAACAUAGGAGAUGAAUGUCCUUUGGUGGGUGUUAUACUUUAUAUGUGUGAUUAUAUGUUGAUAUGAAGUUAAAUAAAGUUGACAGAUAUUCCAUGAA